UUUAAUAAUUUUAUAUAAGAAAACAAAUAUUAUGUUAUACGAUUAUGUUGUUAAAUUCAAACGAUAUUCAGUAAACAAUUUCUCUUUUGUGAAAUAAUUCUCAGUCAAUACUCUAAGCUAAUCGUCUGAUAACUUAACACUAUGUAACUGUAUACAAUUAUUAACAUACAUAAAUAAAAUACUUCACAAUCGAAUUUAUGUUUUCCAAUAAUAUACUAAUGACUCAAUACUCCAACUAUAAACAUGUCGCAAACGACACAUUAUUAUUAAGCCGACGAUAAUCGAAAAUCGAAUGAUUACAGGACAAACGAAUUGCAAAUCUUUUGAUUUAUGACGUAACAUAAUUCCGGCAAAAUGUCAUCAAACGAUCCUCUAUUGGUGCAAGCCGUGUAUUCGUUUAAAGGAAAAAACAACGAUGAGUUGUGUUUGAAAAAAGGCGAUAUCGUUACUGUAACACAAAAAGAGGAAGGCGGCUGGUGGGAAGGUACCCUUAAAGAAAAAACUGGAUGGUUCCCAUCGAACUAUGUCCGGGAAUAUAUGCCUCAAGCAGAAUAUACAGCCGAUAGUAAUGUGCCAAACCUACCCGUUGAUCUAGUGGAACAGCUUAGGAGCAAUAGAGCCGUGGUCGUCAUGGACAUUGUAGAAUCGGAAAGAGCACACGUUACCGAAUUGAAAACGCUGAUACAAAGCUUUUUGAUUCCUCUAAAAAACUCAAAUAUAAUGACAGCUGACGAGUAUAAUCAGUUGAUAAACAACAUAGAAGAAGUGUCUAGAAUUCACGAAAGCCUACUAGAAUCGUUAGAACAAGCCGCUGCACAGUCUCAAAGCGAACAGAGAAUUGGCAAACUGUUUUUAAAUAAAGCUUCCAAUAUCCGAUCAGUGCAUUUGCAUUAUUGUUCUUCCCAUCCACGAGCGGUCAACAUUAUUGAAAAAUACAAGGAUGAAUUAAAUCAAGUAAUGGAAACUCAAGGUGCCGUUAGCCCCGGUAUUUUAGUGCUAACAGUUUCGUUAAGUAAACCGUUCCGAAGAUUGGAUAAGUACAGCGGAAUGUUGCAAGAACUAGAAAGGCAUUUAGAAGAAAAUCACGUCGACAGAGGAGACACGCAACGUUCGGUUUGGGUUUACAAAGAAAUUGCCUCCGUAUGUUUGUCAACGAGAAGACAAAAGGAACUCGAGUUGUCAAUAUUGAGUGGCGUUGUACAAGGUUGGGAAGGCGCAGACGCAGGCAGCCUAGGAGAUGUGAUCAAAAUCGGUUCAGUUGCGUUUAGUCCGGAACACAAAGACAGAUACCUUGUACUAUUUUCUACUCAUCUACUGAUUUUAUCCGUGUCGCAAAGACUUAGUUCGUUUAUAUACGAAGGAAAACUGCCAUUGACCGGUAUUUGUGUGAAAAAACUGGAAAACAGCGGAAGUGUUAAAAAUGCUUUUGAAAUAUCUGGACCGAUGAUUGAACACAUAAUAGCCGUUUGUCAAACAACAAAAGAGCAAAUAGAAUGGGUGCAAAAAAUCAACCAACAAUUAGGAACCAACAAAAGUGCCAUAAGUAAAACUUCAAGUACAUCAGCGGCGAAAGAUAACCGAUCUGUUUGGGAUGUCACGAGACUUCGACCCAUUCCGCCACUACAAUUUUAUCAUCACCAUAACGAAAAGAACGUUAGCGCAGGAAAGAAAUAUGAAAGGACAUUUGAAGAUGACGGGAAAGUGUUACGAGUGUUUGAAGCGUUUUGUUCGAAUACAAAGUCACGACACGCUAGUUCAGGAAAUUAAAGUGAUAUUGUAAAAAAACAACCGAGUCGGAAUCAACUUCAAAAGCUUCUUACCUACACUAUUAACUUAUUUGUUAACAAUUUUUUUUUUUUGUAAUUAUAAGAAAAAAUGUAUAAAUAUAAUAUAAUUUUUUAUACAUUGUAUUUAUUAAAAUAUAUUCCUAAUUGUUUUUUUAUCGCAUUCAAUUUAUCGUUAGUAUUAAAA